AUGCGACCCGAUAACGCGGCCUUGCGCGCACUGCGUCAAGGUAUGGCUCAGGUCGAGUGCAUCGAGGGGACGCGAAUAACAACCCGUACCCGCCGGCGCCCUCAGCAAGAGCUCCUGGAGCGCCUUGCCCGGUGCGAGGAGCUCCUUAAGCAGCAGAAGCAAGAGACAAGUUCCACAAACUCUCCAAUGAAUCAAUCCCCCCAGCCCAGAGGGACGGACGAAAGCGCAUCGGAGCCUGUCCCGGUCGAAGAGUCGCAGACACGCGUCAAGCCAAAGUCAACGGGCGGCAAAAUGGUUAAUGACAAGGGCAAGGUCCAGUUCAUGGACAGCCAGGCCUGGGUUAAUAUUCAUGAGGAAAUCCACGCCAUCAAAGAGCUUAUUGAGACCGAUGAGCCCGGCGAGAGCAGCGUUUUCGGGUCCGAGUCGUCGGCCAAUGAUGAUGUACUCUUCUCGGAAGCCUUCCCCACCCGGAGCGUCGAGGAUCUCCGGCCUGAGCCAAUCCAUACCUUCAAGCUCUGGCAGAUAUUCGUCGCCCGAGUAAACCCAAUUGUCAAAGUCAUUCACGUUCCCACGGUGCAGUCGCAGGUCAUGUCGGCGUCGACAGAUUUCAACAGCAUUCCUCUGCGCAGCCAAGCACUUUUAUUUGCUAUUUUUGCCAUGUCCGUUCUUUCGUUGACCAAGGACGAAGCGUUGGAGAUUCUGGGAAGUUCCCGGGACGAUUACCUCCGAAGACUUCACGUCGGUACAAAGACUGCGCUUGCCAAGCUCGAUUUCCUCAAUAAUUACGACAUGGUGGUGCUUCAAACUUUGUUACUGUAUUUUUUCUCACUUGAAAACACCUACAACAGCCACGCAACUUGGAUUCUCGGCGGGCUUAUAGUCCGUCUCGCACAAAAGAUGGGCUACCACCGCGACGGAGAGACACUAGGCCUGACCCCCUACGAGACAGAGAUGCGCCGGCGGAUAUGGUGGCAGAUCGUGCUGCAGGACAGCAAGAACGCCCUCGUCUCCGGUCUGAGCCACUCGAUGCUCCUCAAGAACUGGGACACCAAGAUGCCGCAGAACGUCAACGACGUCGACCUCUUCCCCGGCUCUUCGGAGCCCAUCUACCCCAGAGAGGGACCUACCGAGAUGGGAUUCUGCCUCUACAGCUACCACCUCGCCAAGUUUUUAACUGACGCCGAGUCGCUUUACGACCGAGAGUCUACCAAUCCGUGGGACGAUGACGACCUCUUGCUGCUCCCGCUAACGCAGCGGAACAAACAGCUCGUCGAAAGGCUCGAGAAUUCCCUCAACGAGCUGGAGGAGCGGCACAUAGACGCGUACGCCGGCAACAUACACGUCUUCUCCCUGGCCCUGCGCCCGACCUUGGUCGCAAAGAUGCGGGAGAUGACGAUCCCCAUGAGGCAGCAGCCGGAAUGGGGCACGGAGAUCUUCAACAAGAAGGACAACCUGUUCAAGACGGUGAUGAUAGGCGGCGACGUCCUGCGGAACAUAUACGAAGUCUCGAUCCAGACCGGGUUCGUCUGGUUCGUCAAGCACCAUUUCCGCCUCGACGUCUUGGCCUUCCUCACCGCGCAGCUCUGCCAGCGCCCCAUCGGCACUCUCACGGACCGCGGCUGGGGCUUCGUGGAGACCGUGUACAGCUUCGAAGACCAGCUCCUCGACGUGACUCAGCGGCCCUUUGCUCAGCAAGCAAAACUCGUGGUCAAGGCGUGGGACGUCCGCCAGCGGGUUCACGCUCAGGCCGGCACGGUGCUGGAGACGCCCGGCUUCGUCCGCCGCCUGGAGGAAGCUCUUGGCACGCCCAGUACCCGAGCGGUCGAGCCGGUUGGGUCGCCACACCGGACAGAAGAGACGGAGGCGGAUCAGAGUCUGGAGAGUGCCUUCGACGUCUUGGGGUCUGACUGGCAGGCGUUGCCGGAUAUUGAUUAUUCUCAGGGGCAGGCGGGCCCGGGGUUCUAUGGGAAUGAGUUUGGACCGUUUUACUGA